GCCUGGGAAGUGAUUAUUGAAGUUAAAGGAUGAAGUUGUACAUAUUGCUGUAUUCAGCACUACUCACUGCUCAUCUGGUUGUGGGACAAGAACUCUUGGAAAAUGGUGGGUUUGAGAAUGGGAACUUUAAAGGAAAUUGGCGAUGUGGUGGCUGCACAAUGGAGCAGUCCAGUCUGAAGCAUUCCGGACAGUUUAGUGUCAAAGUCACAAAAAGGACAUCCUCAUCCUCUGGCCCAGUGCAGAGAGUGAAAGCUACCAAAGGAGCAUUCUAUGAGUUUGAAUCAUACGUCCAGUUGCUAAAUGACCAAGUGGGUGUGGUUCAGACAAGGUUGGAGGCUUGGAGACAUGUCAGAUAUGCAGAUGGUAAAGAUGACUGGAAAGCAGUUGCCAUAGGACCUUACCUCAGAUCCACAGAUGGAUGGAGGAAAGUAGGGGGAUCUUUUAGGGCACCUGAUAAAGAUAUGCAGUUCCUUGAAAUAUCUCUUAGAGGACCAGAUCCUUCAGUGUCAUUCCUUGUUGACAGCAUCUCAAUGAAGUUAAUCCCAGAGUUAAGUGGAAAUUGGAAAGCUGAUGCACUUCAAAGAAUUGAACAGAUCAGAAAAGAUGAUCUCACCAUCAAUUUAACCAUAGGAAGUGAGUAUAAUCUGGAUGAUGUAGAGGUAGAGGUAAAACAGACAAGCAGUGCAUUUCCCUUUGGGGGAAUGAUAAAAGCCAGACAAAUUGUAGAUCCUAACCAGAUUAAGUACAGACAGUUUGUGUAUGACACAUUUGAGUGGACCACGAUAUCAAAUGCACUCAAGUUUAGAAUGAUGCAGUGGAAACAGUAUCCAAUCGAUUAUGACACACCACGAUUAGCAAUAGAGGAGUUGCUGUCUCAUGGUGUAAAGAUUCGAGGUCACAAUGUUGUAUGGGGAGUUGAAGACAAUGUUCCCAAAUGGUUGAAGACAAUGACAGCAGAUCAGGUGAAAGCAGCAUUAGAUGCCAGGAUUCAAGGUGUGGUAGGGACCUUCAAGGGAAAUUUGUCUCACUGGGAUGUGAACAAUGAGGUAAUUGCUGGACAUGGAGAUUGGUUUGAGCAGAACACUGGAGACAGAUACAUCACAGAGAAGAUGUUUCAGAAGAUUCACUCCAUAGACCCAGACGUCAAACUGUUCCAUAAUGAAUUCAGAGUCAUCAACUCAGGGGCUAUCACUGAUGCAUAUGUGGACAUGAUACAGGAGUACAAAGCUAAAGGUCUCCCUUUGUAUGGUAUUGGAGUACAGGGUCAUCUACCAGUAGGACCACCAGAUAUUCUGAAAAUUCAGCAAAACCUGGACAAACUAGCAGUGACAGGUCUCCCAGUGUGGAUCACAGAGUUAGACAUAGAGAGUAGUGAUGUUGCCAAGAGAGGGGAAUACUAUGAGGAUGUGAUGACCUAUCUGUUCAGCCAUCCUGCAGUCCAGGGGAUUAUACUCUGGGUGUGGCAUGAUAAUGGGAAACCAUGGAGAGAUAAUGUGAACUUGGCACAGGGCAAUGGAGACGCAUUUCAGGUAAAUGCAGCAGGAUUGAGAGUCAGACAAUUACUGAAAAAAACUUGGAGAACAAAUGUGGUUCAAAAACCCACUGCUCACAGUAGCACCCUGAGACUCAGAGGAUUCAAGGGUGAGUACACAAUCACCAUUAAAAACAAAGGGGCACCAGUGACACAGAAGUCAGUAACCCUUGGACAGGGAGGUGUGACUACAAGUUUACAAGCUGGCUCCCUGUCUACCACUACACUAUCAUCAGGUCUAACCUGUGUCAACAGAUGGUCUGGGUUUUCAGAGAUUGGAGAUGACAAACCUGUUGCAGUUCCUUGUGGAAAGGGAGAAAUAAUGACUGGGUGUUCUUCUAGGUCAAGAGAUAAUAAAGAAAAUCGGGAUGGAGAAGUAUUUGGGUGGGAUCCCACAAUCAAUCAGCGUGUAUGCAAGGCAUAUAAUGGGCAUGGAUCUACAGCCCCUGUACAGGCCAUUGCUAGAUGCUGUAAGGGGCCUUCAGAUUUACAAUGUAGUUAUUCAAGUUCACAGGUUUCUGCAAAAGGUGAUGGUGAACAAGCUGUGAGGAUGUGUCCUGCUGGAAGUGUGCCAACAGGUUGCACCACCCAUAAUUAUUUUGCAGCUUUUGAUGGAUCUUUUCCUAAAAUGAACAAGACAGCUUGUGUUGCACAAAAUGAUGGGGUAAAAGGCGGUGUGUUCUCUCAUGCUGCCUGUUGUAAAGCAAAUGGCCUCCAGUGUGUAGUGAAAUAUUCAGACCGUAGUGGUGACUUUAGGGGUAAUAUCACUGCAGUGACUUGUGAUGCAGGAUAUACCAUCACUGGGUGUAAUGUCUUCAAUGAGUUUGGUGGCACUGCAGGUGCAUUUACUGCUAUUUUAAAACAGACCUACCAACUGAGCCACCAACCUUAG